AUGGUGCCCAGCUUCCUCUCCCUGAGCUUCUCCUCCUUGGGCCUGUGGGCUUCUGGGCUGAUCUUGGUCUUAGGCUUUCUCAAGCUCAUCUACCUGCUGCUGCGGAGGUAGAAGUUGGCUAAGGCUAUGGACAACUUCCCAGGGCCUCCCACCCACUGGCUCUUUGGACAUGCCCUCGAGAUCCAGCAGAUGGGGAGCCUGGACAAAGUAGUGUCCUGGGCCCACCAGUUCCCAUAUGCCCACCCACUCUGGUUCGGACAGUACAUUGGCUUCCUGAACAUCUAUGAGCCUGACUAUGCCAAAGCUGUGUACAGCUGUGGAGACCCUAAGGCCCCUGAUGUGUAUGACUUCCUCCUCCAGUGGAUUGGUGAAGGCCUGCUGGUUCUUGAGGGGCCCAAGUGGUUGCAGCACCGCAAGCUGCUCACACCUGGCUUUCAUUAUGAUGUGCUGAAGCCCUAUGUGGCCAUGUUCACUGAGUCCACACGUAUCAUGCUGGACAAGUGGGAAGAGAAGGCUCGGGAGGGUAAGUCCUUGGACAUCUUCUGCGAUGUGGGUCACAUGGUGCUGAACACACUCAUGAAGUGCACCUUUGGAAGAGGAGACACUGGCCUGGGCCACAGGGACAGCAGCUAGUACCUUGCAGUCAGCGAUCUCACUCUGUCGAUGCAGCAGCGCCUUGUAUCCUUCCAGUACCAUAAUGACUUCAUCUACUGGCUCACCCCACAUGGCUGCUGCUUCCUGCGAGCCUGCCAGGUGGCCCAUGACCGUACAGACCAGGUCAUCAGGGAGCAGAAGGCAGUCCUGCAGGAUGAGAAGGUGCGGAAGAAGAUCCAGAACCGGAGGCACCUGGACUUCGUGGACAUUCUCCUGGGUGCCUGGGAUGAAGAUGACAUCAAACUGUCAGAUGCAGACCUCCGGGCUGAAGUGGACACAUUCAUGUUUGAAGGCCAUGACACCACCACCAGUGGUAUCUCCUGGUUACUCUACUGCAUGGCCCUGUACCCCGAGCACCAGCAUCGUUGUAGAGAGGAGGUCUGCAAGAUCCUAGGGGACCAGGACUCCUUCCAGUGGGAUGAUCUGGGCAAAAUGACUUAUCUGACCAUGUGCAUCAAGGAGAGCUUCCGCCUCUACCCACCUGUGCCCCAGGUGUACCGCCAGCUCAGCAAGCUUGUCACCUUUGUGGAUGGCCGGUCUCUACCUGCAGGAAGCCUGAUCUCUAUGCAUGUCUAUGACCUCCAGAACAGUGCUGUAUGGCCCGACCCUGAGGUCUUUGACCCUCUGCGUUUUUCUACGGAGAAUGCAUCCAAACACCAUCCCUUUGCCUUUAUGCCCUUCUCUGCUGGGCCCAGGAAUUGCAUUGGGCAGCAGUUUGCCAUGAGUGAGAUGAAGGUGGUCACAGCCAUGUGCUUGCUCCACUUUGAGUUCUUUCUGGACCCCUCACGGCUGCCCAUCAAGAUGCCCCAGCUUGACCUGUGCUCCAAGAAUGGCUUCCACCUCCACCUGAAGCCACUGGGCCCUGGGUCUGGGAAGUAG